GUUGGUUCUCUCUCGCUGGGUCUAACAGGAACCAGUUUCCAUGAGAGCAAUCGCGCCCGUUUAUAUUCCAUUCCUAACCCUUCUGCUGCUCCACCCCAUCAGCAAUACUGCUGGUUCUGCUUUGAAAACUCCGCCUUGACUCCACCCUCGGCCUCUAUCCCCACCACUGGGACAUGGGUCAGAGUCACCAUCUCUUCACCUGGACUAUCGCCAGAGAGAGCCUGCUGAGCUCUCCCCUCCACCCCUCCUUAUUCUCUUGCCCCAUGCAACUGGCUUUGGGAAGAAUCACUAGGCAGUCCUAUCAGAUGGGUGAGUCAAAUGAUGAUAUAGACCAAAUGUUCAGCACUUUGCUGGGAGAGAUGGAUCUUCUAACUCAGAGUUUGGGAGUGGACACUCUUCCUCCCCCUGACCCUGACCCUCCCAGGCCUGAAUUUAACUACACUGUGGGUUUUAAGGACUUAAAUGAGUCCCUAAAUGCACUGGAAGACCAAGAUUUAGAUGCCCUCAUGGCCGAUCUGGUAGCAGACAUAAGUGAAGCAGAGCAGCGGACAAUCCAGGCACAGAAAGAGUCCUCUCAAAGUCAAAAUCACGCAGCAUCCCUGGAGGCCUCAGAUUGCAGUGGUGAUGCCUCUGUGGGUUCUGGAGCAAAUGUCACUGCAGUCAACAUCAGCCAAUAUGAGGACGAGUUACCGCCUCCACCAGCUGACCCCAUGUUAGACCUUCCACCGCCUCCACCACCUCCUGAACCUCUCUCUAAGGAAGAAGAAGAAGCCCAGGCCAAGGCUGACAAGAUUAGGCUCGCACUGGAGAAACUGAAGGAGGCCAAGGUGAAGAAGCUCGUGGUCAAGGUGCACAUGAACGAUAACAGCACAAAGUCACUCAUGGUGGACGAGCGACAGCUGGCCCGAGAUGUUCUGGACAACCUCUUUGAGAAGACUCACUGUGACUGCAGUGUGGAUUGGUGCCUUUAUGAAAUAUACCCAGAGCUACAGAUCGAGAGGUUUUUUGAAGACCAUGAAAAUGUUGUUGAAGUCUUAUCAGACUGGACAAGAGACACAGAAAAUAAAGUACUAUUUUUGGAGAAAGAGGAAAAAUAUGCUGUAUUUAAAAACCCCCAGAAUUUCUACUUGGAUAACAAAGGAAAGAAAGAAGGCAAGAAAACCAAUGAGAAAAUGAAUGCUAAGAACAAAGAAUCCUUACUUGAGGAAAGUUUCUGUGGAACGUCUAUCAUUGUACCAGAACUCGAAGGAGCUCUUUAUCUGAAAGAAGAUGGAAAGAAAGCCUGGAAAAGGCGCUAUUUUCUUUUACGGGCUUCUGGAAUUUAUUAUGUACCCAAAGGAAAGACAAAGACAUCUCGCGAUCUGGCCUGUUUUAUACAGUUUGAAAACGUCAACAUUUACUACGGGGUUCAGUGCAAAAUGAAGUACAAAGCACCCACAGACCACUGCUUCGUCCUAAAGCACCCCCAAAUUCAGAAGGAGUCUCAGUACAUCAAGUACCUCUGCUGCGAUGAUGCAAGAACUCUCAACCAGUGGGUCACGGGAAUAAGGAUCGCCAAGUAUGGGAAGACUCUCCAUGAGAACUAUCAGCGGGCUGUGGCAAGGGCUGGACUUGCCUCCCGGUGGACGAACCUGGGCACCGUCAGCACGGCUACAGCAGCUCAGCCUCCCACAGGACUGAGGACCAGCACCACCCAGCACAAUGGUCAGCUUCCCCAGGCUGCACCUCACCUAAGCGCUGUUCUCCAGGAGGCCCAGAGACAGGCCGAAGCCAGCAAGGUAGGACCAGAGGGGAACCGACCCAAACUGCAGCAGAUCAGCGCCCCAAGCCCACCUUCUAAGCCAGAAGCAGUGUUCUGGCACCUUCUCUUGUUUCCAGCCAGUGAGAACCCACCAUACUGUAAUUUCACUUAGGAGAUUUCUUUGUAUUUUUUAUAGUUAAAUUAUCCAGGCUAGAAUCAAAAGUGAAAACCAGGGCCGGGCGGGGAUUUGGCUCAGUGGUUCUGCUACCUGCCUUGCAAGCGCAAGGUCCUGAGUUCAAUCCCUGGUACCAAAACAAAAAAAAGAAGACCUGUAUGAAGUGGUGAGCCCCAAAACUGGGUGAGAAGGCUACUGAAAGGGUUACACUAUAUAAGGUGCAUUUCAUAUUUUGUAUUUUCCUAUUGAUAUCCAACAUAUGUCCUUGGGGUGAUGGAGAAGAAAAUGCGUUUUUAAAUCACUGCCAAGCAGGAGAGCACUUGCGUAGGGGUGGGAGGCCUUGGCUUCCGGCCUGUCACCAUUACAACACAGUGAAAUUACAUCCAAACUGAUACUGCAUUCUCCCUAACUUUUUCCAUCACGUUAAUGAAGAUUCAUUUAAAUCAGUCUAAAAAUCGUAGCCAGUCACUAAUUUAGUCAUUAACCCUGUCCUGUUCAUAACAUCCCGUGACUAUAUGAAUUUCCCUGCGCACUGGCCCUGUGUGACGCUGAGCUGCCUUCAAAAACUGACAGCAGCACACCACCUAGCUACUGGCAGCCUGAGCUCAGUCAUUCCCCUCAUUCACUCCUCCCCUUUUUCCAUCAAUCAGUGGCAGAAACAAUUAAAUGUUGAUAUUUGUUGAAUGUUUUAUAAUUUUUGAGAACUACUGUAGGCUUAUCAAAGUUGUGUUUCUCUCGUGUUCUUGUUAUCUCCUCAAGCCUAACAAUUGUGUCAUACAACGCACUUUCAGCUAUUAUUAUUUUAAUUAUUUUUAUAACAUCAACUUAAAGGAAGCAUUUAGAAAGGCCAAAUAAAAGAAAGCCAAAACAGAAA